GCUCUCUUUAGAAGGGUCCUCCUCCCACCUCAUCAUGUCUCGACGAAGCCAGCGCCUCACGCGCUACUCCCAGGGCGACGACGAUGGCAGCAGCAGCAGCGGUGGCAGCUCGGUGAUGGGGAGCCAGAGCACCCUGUUUAAAGAUAGUCCUCUCAGGACCCUGAAGAGGAAAUCCAGCAGCGUGAAGCGCCUCUCCCCAGCACCGCAGCUGGGCCCCUCCUCCGACACACACACCUCCUACUACAGCGAGUCCCUGGUCAGGGAGUCCUACUUUGGCAGCCCCCGGGCAGCCUCCCUCGCCAGGAGCUCCAUCCUCGACGACCAGCUGCACGGUGACCCCUACUGGAGUGAGGACCUGCGGGUGAGGAAGAGGAGAGGCACAGGUGGCACCGAGAGCAGCAAAAUCAACGGGCUGGCGGAGACCAAGCUCUCCGAGGACUUCCUCGGGUCUUCUUCUGGCUACUCCUCUGAGGAUGACUAUGUAGGAUACUCGGAGACGGACCAGUGGGCUUCAGGCUCUCGGCUGGGGAGUGCUGUCUCUCAAGCAGGCUCUUUUUUCUGGACGUUGGUCACUUUUCCAGCCCGGCUCUUCGGACUCCUCUACUGGUGGGUUGGCACCACCUGGUACCGCCUGACGACAGCCGCCUCCCUCCUCGACGUCUUCGUUUUAACCAGGCGCUUCUCACACACAAAGGCGUUCCUGUGGUUCCUCCUGCUGCUGCUGCUCCUGACCAGCCUGACCUACGGCGCUUGGUAUUUCUACCCCUAUGGGCUGCAGACGUUCUAUCCUGCUGUGGUUUCCUGGUGGGCAGCGAAGGGCAGCGGCCGGCAGCAUGAGGCGUGGGAGUCCAGAGACUCGUCCCCACAUUUCCAGGCUGAGCAGCGCAUUCUGUCCAGGGUACACUCUCUGGAACGACGCCUGGAAGCGCUUGCUGCCGAAUUUUCCUCCAACUGGCAGAAGGAGGCCAUGCGCCUGGAACGCCUGGAGCUGCGGCAGGGGACCGCUGGUGAGGGCGGCGGCGGCGGCCUGAGCCAUGAGGACACCCUGGCGCUCCUGGAGGGGCUGGUGAGCCGCCGCGAGGCUGCCCUGAAGGAGGACUUCCGCCGGGACACCGCCACCCAGAUCCAGGAAGAACUGGUCACCCUGAGAGCAGAACAUCAACAAGACUCAGAAGACCUGUUCAAGAAGAUUGUCCAGGCCUCCCAGGAGUCCGAGGCUCAACUCCAACACCUGAAGUCCGAGUGGCACAGGAUGACCCAGGAGUCCUUCAAGGAGAGCUUCAUGAAGGAGCUGGGGCGGCUGGAGGGCCAGCUGGCAGGCCUGCGGCAGGAGCUGGCGGCACUGACCCUGAAGCAGAGCUCGGUGGCAGACCAAGUGGGCCUGCUGCCCCAGCAGCUCCAGGCCAUGCGGGACGACGUAGAGUCUCAGUUCCCUGCCUGGGUCAGUCAGUUCCUGCUCCAAGGUGGGGGAACCCGCACUGGGCUCCUGCAGCGAGAAGAGAUGCAAGCUCAGCUGCGGGAGCUGGAGAGCAAGGUCCUCGCCCACGUGGCUGAGAUGCAGGGCAAGUCGGCGAGGGAGGCCGCAGCCAUCCUGGGGCGGACGCUGCAGAAGGAAGGCGUGAUCGGGGUGACAGAGGAGGAGGUGCACCGCAUUGUCAACCAGGCCCUGAAGCGCUACAGCGAGGACCGCAUCGGGAUGGUGGACUACGCGCUGGAGUCGGGAGGGGCCAGUGUUAUCAGCACCCGAUGUUCCGAGACCUACGAGACUAAGACGGCCCUCCUCAGCCUCUUUGGUAUUCCCCUGUGGUACCACUCCCAGUCGCCUCGAGUCAUCCUCCAGCCAGACGUGCACCCAGGCAACUGCUGGGCCUUCCAGGGGCCCCAGGGCUUUGCUGUGGUUCGCCUUUCUGCCCUUAUCCGCCCCACUGCCGUCACCUUAGAGCACGUGCCUAAAUCCUUGUCGCCCAACAGCACCAUCUCCAGUGCCCCCAAGGACUUUGCUGUCUUUGGGCUUGAUGAAGAGCUGCAGCAAGAGGGGAUGCUGCUUGGCCAGUUCACGUACGACCAGGAUGGGGAGCCCAUCCAGACGUUUCAUUUCCAGAAACCGACAGUGGCCACGUACCAGGUGGUGGAGCUGCGGAUCCUGACUAACUGGGGCCACCCCGAGUACACCUGCGUCUAUCGCUUCAGGGUGCACGGGGAGCCUGCCCACUAGGCCUUUCCAAGCCCUGCAGCAGCUGGGAGGCCAGCCCCUCAGCACGUACCCUCCUCUCUGGGAGUGGGAGAGCAGCGCCUCUGCCACCUCCCCACACGCUUGAUUCGCGCAUUGACUCCAGGAGCAAGACCGCCUGGCCCAAUGGAGAUGAGAAAUGCAGGGCUUUCCUGGCAGUGGGGCGGCAGGAGGGGGACAGCAGGCUCCAGCAUCUUGGUUCUCCGUUCUCCUCAUGCCAGGCGCUAGGCAGCCACUUCCCCCUCAAGGGAGGGUGUAUAUAUGUAGCAUAUCCUAUGGGACUGAGAGGCAGGAGAGGUGACGAGUGCACAAGUUCCGGCAGUGGUGGCUGAGACCCUUGCCCAUGGUGGAGGAGUUGGCACCCAGAAAGCUGUUGGGAGGUGUGUGCAUGAUGCACAUGCCAAAGCCACGGCUGGGACAAGCUAGGGCCUGGGGCAGGGAAGUGAGGCCUCUAGGAGGAGGGUGCUCACCACACAGGCUGGACUGGGCAGCAGGCAGGAAGCUCCUGGUGGAGGGCAGCUGGGUUUUUCCAGAAGUGCCAUCAACCUAGGGGAUCUUGGUCCACAAGGUCCUCCAAGGUCUCCUGUGCACUGUUUGUCCUAGGCCCUGGAGGGUCUGGCUCCUGUGAGACACUGAGGAGCCUGGGGGCCAGCCUGUAGGAUACCCCCUACUGGGGAUACUAGUUGCUUUUCCUUUUCAGAUGCUGGGACUGGGGGUACCUGUGCCCCGGAGAAAGCUUGCCACAUUCCCCCAGGGUGCAGGGAGCCCAGACCUGUCCUUUGAGGCAGUAAGCAUCAGGUCAGCUAAAACAGUGGGAGGAGGGGACUCCCUAGGCUCUCCUAGUGGCCCAGUGAUAACAAGUGAUAUUCAGGUGUCAUGAUGGGAGGAGGUCUGUGCACUGCGGGCCCCGCCCCAUCCCCAUCACAAUCAGGUCCCCCUGUAAGGGGCCCUCGCCCUCAGCUGCCCCCUUGGGGCUCUUUCAGCUCUUGCCUAAUUGUUUUCUUUCUGGCUUUUUUUCUAUGGGGAGCUGGGGUGGGGGGACUAGGUAGGAAGAGGGCCUGAGGCAGGGGCUUUUUAACCCAGCAGGCCCUGCUAUGUUGUAAAUAUUUUUCAUGGUCUGUUUUUUUUAACUAAAAAGCUAAGAGCUUGAUUCUUAGCCCCGUUCUGUGGGGCACUGGGUGACUUCAGUUCCUUGUAACCCGGCUGCCAUGCAGGCAGGUACCCUGAGGAACAGGGCUGGGCCCUGAAGGGGCUUCUGUGGGAUGGAGCUGAAUGGAGGCGAGGCCGCAGGCCACCCUGUGCUCCUCCAGCGCGAGCCCCUGCACGGCCUUUGCUCUCAGACAACCAGGUUUUAUUUUGUGCUCUUCUGUCACAAAUGCUGCACUAUUGGAUUCUCAAUUUUUUGUCUCCAGAUUCUAAUUUAUGCCUAUGCAAAAAAUAAAUUAUGCCCAGGACUAA